AUGAGAGCACCCUACUCGCUGUCUUACCUCUUCCUCCUGAGUCUGGGGGCCUGUGUCCCUCUCCGCGAGCGGCAGGAGCCGGGAGACCCCGGGGAAGGGACCCUGCUCAGUCCCAGCUGGCGAACGGCGACAGCGGCUGAGGACUCGGGUGCUGGCUGGAGGGCAGGAGCAAAGCGGAGGCGAAGCGAGGAGCUGAGCACGUUGCUGGGCAUCACCCGGGAGCUGCGGAGCUACGGCAAAGAGGGGACCGCGUUGGGGAACCUGGCCGAGGAGCUCAACGGCUACAACAGGAGAAAAGGGGGCUUCACCUUCCGCUUUGGGAGAUGA